AGUAUAAUAUUUUAAAGUCUUAUGUUGGAGGAGUCUACAACCACAGACACUACACAAAACGAUACAACAGCACCUGAUACCGCAACGGGUGACACUGCAAUACCAGAGGGUACCAGUAAAGAAGAUGAGGUAAGCAGCGCGCAAGGAAGUGAAAUAGUGAAAUGCGGAGGAUUGGGAGAAAGUGACACACUGAAAAGCGCAGGAUUUGUGGGAAGUAUUGCAGAUCUAAAGGAAAAGAAGGAUAAUAUGGUGACCCUGAAAGUGGACGCAUGUUCUCAACAUGAUUUUUCUACGGACCGGGAAGUGGAGCAGGCCUUCAGGAAGACAGACACGUUGUCUUUGGCGGGAGACAGAGUUCACAUACUCUCUAAAUCAGCUCCCAGCUCGCGAUGCUGCUCUCCAACCCCAUCUAGCAACUCUUAUAAUGAGAUAUGCGACGAAGUUAGACCACUAGAUCUGGAGAGAAGAGGUAUUACCUUGCCUCCUCAGUUCAAAUCUGGAACACCUGUCCUCAGCGGAGUAAAAUCUAGAACUAGUUUUAAGAUAAAGAAGAAGCGGUUUAGUGUAACUAAGAAGUAUACUGAAGAGUGGACCGUUAUAAAACCUUCAGAGGGACCAGAAAAAAUCACAUCCAAUGGGAUGAGCAGUAGCGGCGAAGCUACAGGAUCUGAUAGCUCUGAGUACAGAGGCUGGCUGCUAAAAUGGACUAAUUACAUUAAGGGUUACAGACAACGGUGGUUCGUUCUCAGCGAUGGGCUCUUAUCUUACUACAGAUCGCAGGCUGAGAUGGCCCACACUUGCAGGGGUACAAUAAAUCUGGCAGGCGCCUCCCUGGAAAGCGAAGAUAGUUGUAAUUUCGUUAUCAGCAACGGAGGAGCACAGGUGUUCCACCUCAGAGCGAGGAGCGAGGUAGACCGACAGCGCUGGAUAACAGCCCUCGAACUUGCUAAAGACAGGGCUAACAAGAUGAGGGAACGAGUUGACGAUGAGGAAGACUUCGUGGUGUCCCCGGAAACCACUGCCACAGCUCUACGACAGAAACUAGAUCAUCUUAACACGUGUCAGAACCUUGUUAACCAGCAUGGGCUAGCUUUACAACAGGCGAUAUCCCAAAUAGAAGACAGCGCCAAGUUAAAGAGUCUAAUGAAGGACCCAGUGAUAGCACACCUUAUAAAGAAAACAGCCGAAUUCCGGGUAGCUUCCAGCAGCAUGAUAAAAGCUUGCAGCACGUUCGUAACCUACGCCGCGCACCACGAGAAAGAGUGGCAGAUGGCGCGCGAGCAGCGGGAGCGGCUGGAGGAGACGGUGGAGAGUCUGGCGCGGCAGCACAUGUCCCUGGAGAAGGCUAUGACGAAGAGCAAGCGCAAUCUUUCAGACAUCAAACAAGACAGACCGCCCGGGGAGGGUGUAGUCGGGAUAUUCGACAGUGACGAGGAAGAUGAAGAUUUCUACGAUGCAAUGGACAACUCUGAAGCGAAUAACGGAAACGUGGCGGCUGUGGCAGCCGCUCCCAAAGUGGAACCACCCACAGCAGUGGCACCGCUAGACACUGGAAAGUCUACACUCUCCACCAGAACAACGUCUCGGAAGAGGAGACUGCGGAUACCUGACAAACCUAACGAUAAAGCAAAUCUGUGGAACAUUAUGAAGAACUGUAUUGGGAAGGAGCUAUCUAAGAUACCCAUGCCAGUUAAUUUCAACGAGCCGAUAUCAUUUCUACAACGUUUAACUGAAGAUAUGGAAUAUGGAGACUUACUCACCAGAGCAGCAGAAUGUGCCACCGUUGAAGAAUCGUUAACAUAUCUUUCUGCGAUUGCUGUGUCUUCGUACGCCACUACAAGCUGCCGAACCAGCAAACCUUUUAACCCUCUAUUGGGAGAAACUUUUGAGUACGAUCGAACAGAUGAUAUGGGGUGGAGGAGCUUUGCAGAACAAGUAUCACAUCACCCGCCAGUAUCAGCAUUGCAUGUGGAACAUGAUAACUGGAUCUACUACCAGGAUUUCUCAAUGACUUCCAAGUUUAGAGGCAAAUAUCUGCAAGUCUUCCCUAUUGGUACUACUCACUUUAUUGUGAAAUCUACAGGUCAUCAUUACACCUGGAAUAAGGUUUGUACGACAGUUCACAACAUCAUCGUGGGAAAACUGUGGGUAGAUCAGAGCGGAGAGAUACUAGUUAAAGAACACAAAACUGGAGCCAGCGCGCGCGUCAAGUUCCACCCCUACUCCUACUUCUCGCGGGAGACGCCGCGUCGUGUGACCGGUAGUGUUCUUUCCCCGGACGGUUCACCAAAGUUCGAAUUACAAGGAACCUGGGAUAGCUCUAUGUCAUGUGCUGAGGUUUUAUCGAGUGAAGGAGAUAAUUGGGAUACUGCGGAGCAUCAGACUCGGUGGGUGAAAAACACCCCACUUGAAGACUCAGACAAAAUCUACAACUUCACUGCUAUGGCUGUUACACUGAACGAGCCUGACGAGGAAGUUGCACCCACGGAUGCGCGUAGAAGACCUGACCAAAGACUGAUGGAAGAGCAGAAGUUCCCCGCAGCUAACAACAUGAAGCUGACGUUAGAGGAGGCUCAGCGCACAAGACGCAGAGCUCGGGAAGCUAAGAUAGCUGCAGAGGGACCCUCAGCAAAAUAUGUGCCGAAAUGGUUCGCAAAACGAGAAUGCGAGAUAACAGGAGAGGAGAUUUGGAGGUUUACUGAUGAGUACUGGCAGUGCAAACAAUCUCAGACUUGGGAUAGGUGUCCUUCACUUUACAUGGAUGACGAGCAGGAGGAGGACGCCACGUGAUAACGCGUGACAAUGCGCGGCUCACUUCGCAUCACGUGACAAUGAGCCGCUAUCCUCACAUCACGUGUCACUGUACAUAUCGCAUCACGUGACACUGCGCUGCUCACAUUACAGCACGUGCAAAUUGUUUAUCAUCUCACUAGGCUUGUGAUUCGUCCUCACUCUUAUGUGACACAAAAAACAGAUUUUUACAAGAAAUUUGUUAGAUUAGAUGGCAGAUGAUAUUGACUAUGGGUGCGUUCUAAGUUGAGUAUAACUAUAAACUGAGUAUAUAAUGAGAUAAUAUUAAUGUUGUUUCGGAAAGAUCAGUUUUUAAUCAUCUUCUACAUCGUUUAAUAAUAAAUUUGAGAUUGUUUUGAUGGGUGAGUUUGUUGAAUAAUUUAUCGUAAAUAUAAUUUUCUCUGAACUGCUAAUCUCCCAAUUAUAUAUGAAGAAAAGAAAAAUAAAUGAAUUUGUGAUUUGGGGAGAGUGAAGUUGUUUUGAUAAUGAUCAAUUGUACAAUUGAAUUUGAGUCUAUUUUUAUCGUGGUCUAA